AGUUGGCGUUCACUUCGUGUGCGUGAUGACGUCAUCACUCAAGGCCCCGCCCAGAGAGGUCGUACGCGUUGUUCUGUCAACGUCGCGUUUUUCUCCACUUGGAUUUAAACAACAAGAGUUCAGAGAUGGCGGGCCGGAACAUGCACGCGGCGAAGUGCCCCACAGACGAGCUGUCCCUGAGUAACUGCGCUGUCAUCAGCGAUAAGGAACAACAGUUUGAACAGCACGUCUCGGUCCGCAACGUCACCCACAAGUACGUCUUCACCCUGAAGACCCACCCCAGCGUCGCCGUGGGAACCAUCGCCUUCAGCCUCCCCCAGAGAAAAUGGGCGGGACUGUCUAUCGGACAAGACGUUGAGGUGACCAGCUAUAAGUUCGAUAAGAGCCGUCAGUAUGUGGGCUCGAUCCUGCUGGAGGUGGACUUCCUGCAGAAGAAGAACGUGGACAGCAGCCCCUACGACUCGGACAAGAUGGCCGCCGAGUUCCUCCAGAGCUUCAGCAACCAGGCCUUCAGCGCCGGCCAGCAGCUGGCGUUCAGUUUCAGCGACAAGCUGUUUGCCUUGGUGGUGAAGAACAUGGAGGCCAUGGACCCCAGCAUCCUGAAGGGGGAGGGAAACUCCGGCAAGAAGCAGAAGAUUAAUAUCGGUUUGUUGAAUGGCAACAGUCAGGUGAUCUUUGAGAAGGCUGAAACCUCGUCUGUAACGCUCAUAGGGAAGGCCAAGACGCGGGAAUCCCGCCAGUCCAUCAUCAAUCCCGACUGGAACUUUGAGCGGAUGGGCAUCGGCGGUCUGGACAAGGAGUUCUCCGACAUCUUCAGGCGGGCCUUCGCCUCGCGGGUCUUCCCCCCCGACAUCGUGGAGCAGAUGGGCUGUAAGCACGUGAAGGGCAUCCUGCUCUUCGGCCCCCCGGGCUGCGGUAAGACCCUGAUGGCGCGACAGAUCGGCAACAUGCUGAACGCCCGCGAGCCCAAGAUCGUGAACGGGCCCGAGGUCCUCAACAAGUACGUGGGGGAGUCGGAGGCCAACAUCAGGAAGCUGUUCGCCGACGCAGAGGAGGAGCAGAAGAGGCUGGGCGCCAACAGCGGCCUGCACAUCAUCAUCUUCGACGAGAUCGACGCCAUCUGCAAGCAGCGGGGCAGCAUGGCGGGCAGCACGGGCGUCCACGACACGGUGGUCAACCAGCUGCUGUCCAAGAUCGACGGCGUGGAGCAGCUCAACAACAUCCUGGUCAUCGGGAUGACCAACAGGCCGGACCUGAUUGACGAGGCUCUCUUGAGGCCGGGCCGACUGGAGGUGAAGAUGGAGAUUGGCCUGCCUGACGAGCGUGGGCGUGUCCAGAUCCUCAACAUCCACACGGCGAAGAUGCGUGAGUUCAAGCUGCUGGCGUCGGACGUGGACGUGAAGGAGCUGGCGGCCGAGACCAAGAACUACAGCGGGGCGGAGCUGGAGGGGCUGGUCCGGGCCGCGCAGUCCAGCGCCAUGAACCGCCACAUCAAGGCCAGUGCCACGGUGGAGGUGGACAUGGAGAAGGCGGAGAAGCUGCUCGUCCACAGGAACGACUUCCUGGCCUCGCUGAACAACGACAUCAAACCUGCCUUCGGCAGCAACCAGGAGGACUACGCCAGCUACAUCAUGAACGGCAUCAUCCGCUGGGGCGACUCGGUGACGGAGGCCCUGAGCGACGGAGAGCUGCUGGUGCAGCAGACCAAGAACAGCGAGCGCACGCCCCUGGUGUCUGUGCUGCUGGAGGGUGGGCGACCGCACCCCGCGCUCACACACAGCCUGAGGCACCCACACACACAUCUACACAUACUGCUACAGAAAUACAUCCUGAUUCAAACAUGCAUGCACAUACUACUGAUACACACACACACACACUUACAUACACAACACACACACACUUACAUACACACUGCACGCACACACUUAUACACAUACUGCUACAGAAAUACAUCCUGAUUCAAACACGCAUGCACAUACUACUGAUACACAC